CUGCUCUCCUGCCAGUUUGACACUUCUCUGGUUAGAGGUGCAUUUGGGAGCUGUGGGGAGGCUGGCGAACAGACAUGCUAUUCAGCACUGGCAGAUGGCAGCGUUUGGUGCUCUAUCUCUGCGCCUGGCCUUUCGUUGAUGGUUUACGCGUCCAUGAAUAUUUAUAUUUCCAAGUGCUGAGUCCCGGAGAUAUCCGCUACAUCUUCACUGCUACGCCGGCCAAAGAUUUUGGAGGUGUGUUUAACACGAGAUACGAGCAGAUCCACCUGGUCCCGGCAGACCCUCCGGAGGCAUGCGGGGAGCUAAACAAUGGAGUCUUCAUCCAAGAUCAGAUCGCCCUGGUGGAGCGUGGGGGUUGUUCCUUCUUGUCGAAGACGCGCGUCGUCCAGGAGCACGGCGGGAGGGCGGUGAUUAUCGCCGAUAAUGCGUACGACAACGACAGCUUCUACGUCGAAAUGAUCCAGGACAGCACGAGGCUGACGGCGGACAUUCCUGCUCUCUUCCUCCUGGGCAGGGACGGGUACAUGAUCCGACGCUCCUUGGAACAGCACGGACUCCCCUGGGCCAUCAUCUCCAUCCCCGUCAACGUUACCAGCAUCCCAGCCUAUGAAAUGAUGCAGCCUCCAUGGACCUUCUGGUAGUGGGGAGAGAAAGGGAAGGUCUUGGAGCCUUCUGGAUGGAUUUGUUGAAGGGAUUGGCCUUGAAGAACAGCCCCUGCCUGCCCCAAAACUCCACAAUCCAAACUCACUGGGUGAUUCCCACUGGAAUUAUUGUGCUGCAGCUGGUAGCCAGCUAACCUCAGACAUCAUCGCAUCAUUCACCGUCACCGCCGGAUGACUUCCUUAGUAACUAUUUCUGGGCGGGGAGGCAGAUAUCCCAGAGUCUGAGAGGCCAGAGCGCGCUAGAGAAGCAUUCUGAGGAGCUGUAAGAUAGCAGGGGCAUUGCAAACCAUGGCAGGUGCGGACUGCCAAUCUCAAGUGAAAUGGUACCGUGUGGCUAAAGCGUAAAGAGGGGAAAGAGUAAUGCACGGGGGAUCGCUCUGUGCUAGCAGGACCCGCCAGGUCGGCCAGAGGUUUAUAGUUUUCGGCCGAGUGGCGCCAGAAGCCUAAACUCCGGCAAGACGAGGGUGCCUGGAGGAGAGAGGAAGUGGCUCUGUGUGGGUUUGUUUUGGAGAGGGGGUUCAGAAGAGAGAAAUCCCUCCUGUUGAAAUCCAUGGGAGUUAGGCACCUAAAUCUCUUUUUAGGAUCUGGGCUCAGACUCCGUCACGUCUAAGGAACGAGGCUGCCAGAGCCUGAGGCUGUUCUGGAGCCAGCCCAUAACCACAAGCGAAUACAGGACUAUAAAGGGCCAGAUUCACCUCUAGCCUAAGCCAGCGCGACCCCACUGGAUAACUCCCACUUCCACCUAGGCUCAGUGGCCAGGCCAGGCACUAAGAGACGGACACAGUGUAGGUGCAAACCUGGGACAUCUGAAAUACUGACUGGGGGGGGAGGGGCAUUUUCCAACCCGCUCUCUGCACCGAACAGACGUAUGGGAACAGGCUGACCUCUUGAGAGGCCCUGGCCCGGCUAGGCAGCCCCUUUCUCCUGAUCAUCUCUUUCCCCAUCUGCUUGCACAAUGCUGCUUCACGUGGCUGAAGUGUCUCUUCCCAGAUCGCUUGUAGGCCAGGCCUCACUCAACCAUUUUACCAUAACCUGGCACAAGAGCAUCAAGCCACGCCCCCAUCUUUGCGUUGUGCUGGUGAUUGGUCCACUGCCCUCAGGUGUCCUCUAGUUGGCUGAAGAAGCCACCAAUAGAUAAGCAGGGUGGCUGAGGCUCAGUGCAUUAUCCUAAAAAGCAGGGUCCUAUGCAGGUCUUUUAAGUGACUGGAACCUCCUUCCCUGUUUUCUUCCCCAGUAGUUUCCGCGGGUCAGUAGAUUUCCAGCUUCCCCAGCAGAUCUCUUGCUCUGCACGUUGGGUGAGUUUUGGCUCAGCCUUCGCAAGAAGAUACAAUGGGGCGGCCGGGGCAGCAGCGGGAAAGGUCGGACUGUCGCCGCCUGCCACUGUAUCGUCAUCUCCAGAUCCAAGGCUCCCCCAGCACUGAGUUGGCCCCCCCUCCUCCGGAGCACCUGGCUUGGGCUGGUCUGCUCCGCCUGUUGCAUUAUUUAAAUUUUGCGUUGGGUAUUUUAAUGGCUUUUUAACGGGAUUCUAAAAAUAAAGUCGCGAAAGUUCUAAAAGGUCCCUUUGCUUGAGUGUUUUG